GCAGAGAAGGAAAUGAGAGAUUAAAAGGGAGUAAGAAAACCUCUAGCUGUUCUAUGCAAACGUCCGUUACCCACCACUAAGCCACAAUGAGACAGUUUUCAGAGAGGAUGUCUGAAGCGAUCGUCCCAGAAUCCUCAGGGCUGAGGUCAUGUAACGAGUUAUGCCCCUCCGCUCUGCCAUCCUCACCCCCCCUUGCCACAGAGGAUGAGUGUCACCAUGACAACAGAAAGGUGGAGCAGCAGAAACCCGUCAGUAACCAGGGGCAACCAGCCAGGAAGAGAACCAAGGCCAAAGGCAGGUUGGUGAGGAGCAUGGCUGUGUGUGAGGAGUCAUUCCCACCAUCCCCUCCUGACACCACCCAAGACAGCCAGAGCUCUGUUGAAGUCACCAUGCUGCCAGGUUGCCAUGACAACGAGGAGGAAGAGCAGCGCAAAGAGCCAAACGUGCCCACGCUAAUUAUCUCAGACACCAGUCAGGAAUACACAGACUCUACUGGGAUCGACCUGCACCAGUUUAUCAUCACCACCCUGAACAGCAACCCCAGGGACAGGAUGAUGCUGUUGAAACUGGAGCAGGACAUGAUCGACUUCAUCACAGACAACGGUCCCUAUAAGAAAUUCCCUCACAUGUCUUCCUACCAUCGUAUGUUGGUCCACCGGGUAGCAGCCUACUUUGGCAUGGAACACAAUGUGGACCAGACUGGCAAAUCUGUCAUCAUCAAUAGCACCAGUAACACACGCAUACCAGAGCAGAGGUUUAUGGACUAUGUCCAGGAGGAGAGAGGAGAGGAGACUCAGUGGAGAACCAUACUGAAGAGAGACAACGCAGAAGAAAACCAGGCGAGGCUCCACCCACUACGCGAGGAGAGGCGGAGCAAAUCAAUGGAAGAGAGAGAGGAGGAGUACCAGAGAGCUAGAGAAAGGAUAUUCAACCAGGAGCCUGCCUGUCCCCAGGAGACCAGGUCUAUAGAGGAUGGUAGCCCCCAUGCUGCGACCCAGAGAAGGCAGCUCUUUAGGGGUACCAGGGGUAACUCGGGCUCAAGCCGACAGAGCAGCACGGAGACUGACUACAGUCGCUAUAGUAACUGGAGCAGCACUGACUCAGGUCGCUAUAGCAACGACCCCCGACCCUGGAGCAGCACAGACUCAGACUCUGCCUAUCAGAGGCCAAACCCCGCCCCCAAGGCCCGACCAGCCAAUCACAGCUGGGAUGCACGAGAUGACCAUGCCCCACCACAGGCUCCAACUACCUCACGGUGCCAUGGAGAACGGGAUUCCACCAGGAAGUAUAUUACUGAACCCACAUACAGGCCAGCCCUUCUUGAACCCAGACGGAACUCCUGCCAUCUACAAUCCCCCCGAUCCCCAGCAGCCAACAAGAAGCCAGCCUCAGCAGCAGGCCCCUCUGCCGCAGCAGCCAAUGGCUGGCCACACAGUCCCUCAGGUGGUUCAAUAUUCCUCCGUCUCUUACCCUCCCCAGCAGUUGCAAUACUCUACGAGCGAGGACCUGUCGUCCCAGUUUGGUCACAUGACUGUGAGCUGUCAGCCAUUGGGGGAAGCUCCGUCUCUAUACCCUCCCUUAGCCUCUCCCACACAGAGUUAUGUCUAUACCGCCCCUCCCCCUCCUCACAACCCCCCCAGCUACUGCCAACCCCCUCCAACUCAGGUGCCUGUGUAUUACUACUCUACUACUCAGUAUCCUACCCCAGCACCCCAAAGACCUGCCACACCUACCCAGGCCAUACAGCCUACAGGUUACUCUCCUGUCAUAGCAUCAGCAGCAGAGGUGGUGCGGGGGUAUCGUACCCCCAGACUGGUCUCAUGUCGCGAGGUGAGGGGGCUUACUGCUGCAUGGUAUCUCCAACCUGUCCCCCUGGUCCCAUACCCCCUCCCCCUCUACACACCGGCUGCCAUGCCUCCAGCUGUAGCAACAUCAGCAGCCAGGGGUGGGCGGGCAAAUACUGA